AUGAAGUCGAUCGCAGCUUUUGCGACCGCGUUCCUGUCCCUCCUGUCGCCGGUAGCAGCCGACGCCAACGUAGCUGGUCCUUCGAUUUCCAAAGUCGUCCUGCCGUCCACCUUCAAGCCGCCCCAGGUCUUCAAGAACAACAAUCUUGUCCAUGCCAUCUCGCUCGAGAAGAACUUUGCCAAGGAGUCGGUCAAUGUCGUGAUCGAGAAUGCCUCGGGGGAGCCUCAGGAUGAGUACUUCCUGCCAUUCACCGGCGAUCAGAUGGAGAGAAUCGGCGGCAUCGAGGUGAAAGACCGCAAGGAUGCUGCCGUGACCGGCUUCGCCGUCGAGGCUGUCGAGUUUGAUCCAUUGAGUGACACGCAGUACUACCGAAUCCACCUGCCGACGCCCCUUCAGCCCAAGGCCCAACAGACUCUAGGCAUCUCCUACUACUACCUCAAGGCGUACACACCACUCCCGGCCGCCAUCGAGCAGACAGAGAAGCAGUACCUCGUCUACCCCUUCUCCGCAUACUGCCAGUCCGCCUACCCUACGCUGAAGCAGAAGACCGAAGUCAAGUUUGCCUCGUCCGAUAUCCCCGACUACACCAGGAUUGCCGGCCACGGUGAUGUGGACGAGUUUCCACAGAAGCAGGGCUCCAAGCUCGUCUACGGUCCCUUCCCCGAAGUCCCCGCUGGAGCUGUGUCGCCCGUCAAGGUCCGCUUCGAGUUCACCAAGCCCGUUACCCACGUCUCUGCCCUCGAGCGCGAUGUGGAGAUCAGCCACUGGGGAGGAAACGUCGCCUUUGAGGAGCGCUACACCCUGUUCAACCGCGGGGCCAACCUGUCGGCACUGUUCAACCGAGUCAAGUGGGCACAGUCACAAUAUUUCAACCCGCAGUCGUACGCUCUUAAGGAGAUGAAGUUUCAGCUCGAUGGUGGAAGCAAGGAUGCCUACUUCACAGAUGCUAUUGGCAAUGUGUCGACUUCGCGGUUCCGAACCAACAGGCGCGAGGCCUCGCUCGAGAUCAAGCCUCGGUACCCCGUGUUCGGCGGAUGGAAAUACCCCUUCACCAUCGGCUGGAACUCGGACUCCAAGAACUAUCUAAAGAAGAAGUCUGGUGACGGCUAUCUCCUCAAGGUUCCGUUCCUCGAGGGCCCUAAGCAGGCCGAGGGUAUCGAAUACGAGCAGAUCCACCUGCGAAUUCUUCUGCCGGAGGGUGCCGAGAAUGUCAAGUACUACACGUCGAUCCCAGAGUCGUCCAUCACCGAGUCUGUGGUGGACCAGCAGAAGACCUACCUGGACACGAUUGGUCGCACCGUCUUGACGAUCAAGGCUCGCAACGUCCCUGACGACUUCAGGGACCGCGAGCUGUACGUGUCCUACGACUACUCGCUGCUUGCCAGCCUCCGCAAGCCCCUUGUUAUCUUUAGCAGCGUCAUCUCUGUUUUUGUUGGAACUUGGUUACUAUCCAAGGUCGAGGUCAAGUUCUCUACCAAAUAG